AUGGACGCAACACCGCGGGCGUUGGUUCCUUUGCUCCUCCUUGGGCUGAUGAAACCCGCUGAAUCCCUGCUUCAACAGCGCUGCGACUCAUCUGUCAACGGCACCAUUUACCAACACCAGGCCCAGAGUCUGAACGGCAGCUACACCUAUGUAGACUUGAAUGCACUUCAUGAGGAGCUACAUCCAUUCGGGCUCACAAUCCUCGCCUUCCCGUCUAAUCAGUUUGGGAAGCAAGAGCCGGGAGGAAAACAUGAGAUCUUGCCAGCGUUGCAGCAUGUCAGACCAGCCAACGGAUUUGUGCCAAAUUUCCUGUUAUUUGAGAAGGGGGACGUAAACGGACACAGUGAACACCCAGUGUAUACGUUUCUCAAGAGUGCUUGCCCUCCAGUCGGAGACAGUUUCGGCAGCGUAUCAGGCCGACUCUUCUGGGACCCAGUGAAAGUAAACGACAUCAAGUGGAAUUUUGAGAAGUUUUUUGUGGGUGUGGAUGGGAAGCCUGUGAUGAGAUGGCAUCCCAGUGUGGAGGUGUCGGAAGUCCGUGAAUUUCUGACCAGUUACUUUCACAAUUUGUCCCAAAUGAGGCUGUAG